CAUGCAUACACACGCACGCACACAUUUGACACUCGAAUGCGACGAACGAACGAGAUGUCCGUUUGCCGCUUCUGUUGCGUUGCAUAUUUACGGAAUUCGAGAUACGUGAUCGCAGAACGAUUACGUAAAACGGGCGAAUCUCGGCGCGAGUUCUCGUUGAUGUCGACGCGACUCAACGGGGCUUGUCGAUAGCGGGGACGCGUCGUCGAUUCCGCGGCGGUGCGAUAAUAUUACGACCGAUGCCCGAAAGGAGCACCUGACAUCGUACGUUCGGCGCAGUUCGGCGUAUCGGUGGCGAUCGGGUCGAGCUGUGCGGAGAAGGGCGAAAACGGGAGGGAGAGACGACCAGACAUGCUUGAUCGCUCAGGGAGACUCGUAUUUACGUUCCGUCGUCGGAACUGAUCGUCGUGAGUAGCAAAUCGCCCCAGGAUUUACGGAGGAUUCACGUCGAGGGAGAGAGAGAGACAUGUCCGACGGCAUGGAGCGGGAAAAGAACGAACGAUUGACUGCGAAGGAAAUUGAGGAGAAGAAAAAUAUGAAGAAGCAACUCAUAGAUAUGGGAAUCUACGAUGAAACGGAUACUUACGAACAAAUGAAGCACUUGCUUGGUUUCCUAAGUAAUUCUGAGACUACACCGAAUGUUGCUACCGAUAACAAACACGCACACAAGAAGGACAACGAGCAACAUUCCGACAACGAGUGCCUAUCGGAUCUGGCAGCCGAGACAGAAUCGCAGGAACAGCAGAUAGUCGUCGCGCAGGAGUUGCCCAAAGUGACGUGCAAACCGAGUCGUACGUCUCCGCAACAAGAACGCAAGAACUCUCGGCACUCUGGCAGUCCGGAGAGCUCGUCCAACUCGUCUAUCUUCGAUGCGCAAGGGCGCAAGAGCGCGGAGAACGACGAGACAGCGUCGUCGGAGAAGCAGCAGCACGAGCAGUCGGGCGCGAGUCGUCCCGUUCCGACUAAGUCAGGAAACGACGCACAAGAAUGCCAGAACUCGCCGGCGGAUGCGAAGACGAUGCAGUGUGCCACGCAGAGCACCUACUACCAGCGGAUGGAGAGGUGGCGGAUGAACCCACUCGACGUCUGUAUCAACGAAAACGACGUGCCUUUGCAACAGCCGAGGAGCCGACUCGCGGCGCGAAAAUGCGCGCCCUCCUCCUCCGGAUGCCGCGACAAGACGUACACGUCCGAGCAACACGACCAAAAGAUGCGGGCUCUGGGCCAGCACUUGAGGGAAGUGGCGGACUUGUGGUACAGUUGGCAGCGUCCUGCGAAUGCGAAAUUUGAGUGGGGCGUACCCAUCGAGGUCGGCACUGCUAACGGCAGUUUGGAUAGAAAGCCAGUAACAGAACCUAAGACUGAGCUGAUUCCGAAGGCGGAAUGUGCAUAUAGAGAUAGUUACGAGCGGUCUAGUAAGCGUAAGGCAAAUUCUCUCAUCGCGAAGGAAUGCGCGAGUCUGAAUAAAGAGAGUUCCAGCGACGAAGACCUGUACGAUCAGUACGAGUUCGCUCGUGUUAAGAAAAAGAAGAUCCAAUCUGCCAAGUCAAACAACGUAACCGAUCAUGCGAAUCAACAACAUACGCAAACUCCUAGCGGACACGAGGCAGCAACGUUGACCGCGCGUCAACAGCAUUCUCACAAUGACGGCGAUGAUAUUAUGCAUAUUGACGACGAAGAUGUCAAAUUAUCUCGCAGAAGGAAAACUGAGGACGAGGAGAAUGAAAGAGUGUCGCCCGUGUUGAUCACGCAGCCGAAAAGAGCAGUACCUUCCACUCCGAAAGCGCGUCCGCAUCUUCCCAGACUCCGAAGAGGGAGAUUGUCUCUGAAGAUACAAGGCACCGCGGAAAAUAGAGAGGUCGAACGAACGAGAAAUCAAAAGAAGGACAACACGAUGACCGACGAGGAAAUCCGUCGCAAACUGGAAGAAGAUAGCGACGGAGAAGUGGCAGCAAUCCUACAAAAGGAAACUCGGUCACCGAAGGAAGCGAAGUCUCGAUUGCAAGAGAGACAACUGUCAUCCAACAAUGGGGAGACGUUGAGAGAGACAUCGACGACACACCAGGAAAGAAAGAGCGACAGACAGCGAAGCGGCAAGGAAAAGAAAGUAGAUUUCGACGAACAACGGAAAAAGGAGGACAAGUGCGAGAUAAAGAGCAAAGAUGUGAAUUGGGAACGUGAAUUGCUGGACGACGAGGAAAGUAAUCAACAGUCCGUCUCGCAGAACGGUAACUGGCACGAGAAAGUCAGCGACUCAACAAACAACAUCAAUUGCCCUAUAUGCAAUAAGCCGUUUCCACCUGAUGAAAUAAUAAAUCACGCCGCCGACUGCAAUCAGUUCGAGAUAAACGAUGAGAGCGACGACGACGACAUAAAUCUAUUCAAAUGUAAUGUGUGCGACAGCUACAAAACGAGAGAUGAACUGGAGUAUAAUCAGCACGUUAGACGAUGCAUAGAAAGUAGAAAGAAGCAUUUGCACGAAUCAGAUGAUGACGUCGUAUCCAUCCCUUCGUCUCACUACACCCACAAACCCAGCAGCCAGAAAGGUGCGAGCAGCAAUCCCAAUAUACAUGUCAUGGACCAGUCGCCUUCUCACAGUAGAACACGAGUGUUUACAAACAGAAAGAGAAAGCAUUGCACAUCAUCAUUCUCCCUUAGUAUCAAAGGUUAUAGAAUAAACUUUGGUCUUAUCGGGAAAGAUAAUCAAUGUAACAUGAAGUUCUUCACUUUGGUAUUGUGGAUUUCAUCCUUAAUUAGUAUAAACUGUCAAAUCAUAACCCUAAAUGGCGUUUGGAAUGGGACCAUUAAUGGAUGUGAUAUCAAGUUUACUGGGACUGUUCCUGGAGGAAUUUACACGGAUUUGUACAUGGAUAAUAUAAUAGAUGACAAUCUGCUGGGAAAAAACGAUGUCAAUAAUCGUUGGGUCGGAAAUCAAUCUGUGACUUACACUAAAGAUUUCAUUGUGAGCGACGAUUUUCUAAGAGCCCGCAGGAUUGUCUUGAUCUUUCACGGAGUCGACACGUUCGCCAAUAUCACUCUGAACAACCAUGCGAUCGGAGAGACUUCAAAUAUGUUCCUGAGAUACAUGUUUGACGUGACGAAUUAUAUCGAGGAAGGAAAGAAUGUGCUAAAGGUCGCGUUCCGCUCAGCCGUCAAAGUAGCGGAGGACUUAUACAAUGAGCAGAAGAAGAGUUACAUCGUACAACCGGUAUGCGUACCCAAAGAAUACAACGGAAUAUGCCACGUAAACCACAUACGUAAGAUGCAAGCUAGCUUCUCGUGGGACUGGGGCCCCGCUUUUCCCUCGAUCGGCAUUUGGAAGGAUGUCGAGUUGGUUCCUGUGAAUGAUAUAAUGAUAAACGAUGUAACAGCCGAUAUACGCAAGAAAGAUGACACCUGGCAAAUUCUCCUCACGAUAUUUCUCGAGGUAACGCAAAGAAAGAGCGAUGAGUCCCAGAGUCUCGUCGUCACGACCGCGUCGACGUUACACAUCUCGCAGGACGAGGUCAUCAGUAAAACUAACGAAACGAUGCUCAACACGAACGAGAGAUACGUAAAUAUUAACGUUCAACUAACUGUGCCUGCGGAUGCCGUGAAAACUUGGUGGCCAAACGGUUACGGCGAGCAGAACUUGUACUAUUUGUCCACUACGGUGACAACGGUGUAUGAAAUACUGCACAAACAGAUCCGUGUAGGCUUCAGAACGGUGGAAUUGGUGGAGGAGCCGUUGAAGAAGGGUCGAAGCUUCUAUUUCCGCAUAAACAAUGUGCCGAUCUUCGCGAAAGGUAGCAACUUUAUCCCAGCCAGUAUUUUCCCGGAGUUGGGCGCGAAGGAGGAAACUAUCAGACACCUGCUAUCGUCCGCCAAGGAGACGCAUAUGAACAUGCUGAGAGUUUGGGGUGGCGGUCUUUACGAAUCCAAGUUAUUCUACGAUUUGGCUGACGAGUACGGCAUCAUGAUCUGGCAGGAUUUCAUGUUCGCCUGCGCCAUGUAUCCUACAACCGACUCGUUUUUUAAAAACGUGAGAGAGGAGGUUGUGCAGAACGUGAUACGUCUGAAGAAUCACCCAAGCAUCGUGCUCUGGGCCGGCAACAACGAGAACGAGGCGGCGCUCUACGGGAAUUGGUACAACACUGGUUCCGCCGAGAUAUACAGGACGGAUUAUAUGAAGCUUUAUGUGAACUUGAUAAAGAAGGAAGUGGAGAUACUGGAUCCCGUAAGGCCGUUCCUCGUGUCUAGUCCUGGCAACGGAGCGUACGAGGAAACGUACAAUUACACCGGAAUAGAUCCAUACUUAAAUCUCUACGGUGACGUUCACUAUUAUAACUACCUCAGAAAUGGAUGGGACGUGACUCAGUAUCCCAGAACGAGAUUCUGCUCAGAGUACGGAUUUCAAGCUUGGCCGUCGAUAUACACGAUAGCAACCGUUGUGGAGAGCGCGAAGGACUUGAGUAUAGAUAGCGAUUUCGUGAAGCAUCGGCAACAUCUGCCAUUCGGCAAUGAGUUGAUGAAGCUGCUGAUCUCGCAGAACCUCAUUAUACCGCAAAGUAACGACAGCUUCCGAGAUUUCGCAAGUUACAUAUAUCUCAGUCAGGUCAAUCAGGCAGUUUCUGUAAAAGUAGAAACGGAAGGGUACAGGCAACUCAAGUCAGAGGUAAAUUCCAUAGGCGAGGGUAUGACGAUGGGGGCUCUCUAUUGGCAAUUGAACGACGUGUGGCAAGCGCCUUCAUGGUCCUCCAUAGAUAUCGAAGGUCGAUGGAAAAUGCUUCAUUACUAUGCCAAGGACUUCUUCGCACCCGUUAUUGUUACAUCGCGCUUGACGAACUCCGAUGAGCUUACAAUAUACGUCGUAUCUGACCAAUUGUUCUGGUUAACAAAUUGUCAUGUGGAUAUUCGCGUUUACAAUUGGAAAUCUAUGACGCCUAUACACACCAAAUCCUAUCACAAUGUCAUAGUACCACCCAACAAAGCCAUUCAAAUCUCAACCUUCUGGUUAGACGCGUUUCUCUCUCAGGCGGGUUGCGGCUCGUUGGAAUCCACCAAGAAAUCUUGCGUAGUCACCUUAUCGCUCACGGAUGAAUCCAGAUCUUCAAUUGCACCGGUUAAUUACAUCUAUCCCACCGCGUUAAAAAACGUGGAUAUAACAAUAGCCAAUGUCACUAUAAGAAUCGAGGAGGCUCAUUUACCUGGAAAACUUUUCAAUUAUCCAGAUUUCAAGCUCGUAUUAACGACAGAUAAUAUAGCGCUGUUUGUGUGGCUAGAAGUGGGCAACAUACGCGGUCGUUUCUCCGAAAAUGGCUUUCACAUGUUCGAGCAACAGAAAGAAGUUAUUUUCCAUGCGCAGGAAGCGACCACGGCGGAAUUGUUGCGCGACGAUAUAAAAAUGACCACAUUGUCCGAUAUUUACAAUGCACGUGGUAAUUUUGCUGACAACUAGUCGGCACAAAAAAUGCACAUUAAUCGCGCGUUAACGUUUAGGGUGCUCUUACGUGAUUCGUUAUACAUGUAAUACGAGAUAUUGAUUAUGAAUUUAUCGCAAGUACUGAAUUCUCUCAAAAGAAUAAACUUUUUUCAAGUGGA